GGGAAGUGGCACCCCGGGAUGCUGGGGAAUCCCAUUGGAACCGCCCCGCGCGUGGGACAUGAUCCCGAGGGGAAGGGCUGGUUCCGCUUUUCCCCGCGCCGAGACAAGGGAGAACCCACCCACCCUUCCUCCGGGCCAUUGGUGCAUCCUGAAUCCCAAUCCCUUCCUCCCGGCAAGGAUGACCACGAAUCCUUGUCCCUUCCUCCCGCCAAGAAUCACCCCGAAUUCUUGUCCCUUCCUUCUGUCAGCUCGGGGUUCCAGGGAGGAGCCUUCCCACCAGGGUUCCCGGGGCCGUGCCCGCUCCCGCUUCCUCAUCCCGACUUUUCCGGUGCCGAGGAUGCUCUUCCCGCUGCUCAUCGGGGCGCUGGGCCUGGCAAGUGCCAUGGAGAUCCAGGUGCCAGAGGAACCCGUGGUGGCCCUGUUUGGCCACGAUGCCACCCUGCACUGCUCCUUCUCACCCGAGGCCAACUUCAGCGUGGCCGAGCUGAGCCUCAUCUGGCAGCUGACGGACACCAAGAGCCUGGUGCACGGCUUCUCCGGGGGCCGCGACCGGCUGCAGGACCAGGGCCGCGGCUACGCCAACCGCACCUCACUGUUCUACGACCAGCUGGCCCAGGGCAACGUGUCCCUGCUGCUGCGGCGCGUGGAGAUCUCGGACGAGGGCAGCUUCACCUGCUUCGUGCGCGUGCGCGACUACGACAGCGCCGCCGUCAUGCUGCAGGUGGCAGCUCCCUACUCCAAGCCCAGCGUGCACCUGGAGCCCAGCAAGGACCUGAAGCCGGGUGACGUGGCCGUGGUGACGUGCCACGCGUCCCAUGGCUAUCCGCAGGCCAGCGUGCUGUGGCAGGACAGCCGGGGUGCCAACCUGACCUCCAACGUCACCACGUCACAGGUGGCCAACGAGGAGGGGCUCUUCGAGGUGCACAGCGUCCUGCACGUGCUGGUGGAGCCCAGUGUCACCUACUCGUGCCUGGUGCUCAACGCCGUGCUGCAGCAGCACGGCCACGCCUCUGUCACCAUCACGGGCCAGCCCCUGGCAUUCCCGGCGGUGGCCCUGUGGGUGACAGUGGCCCUGGCUGUGUGUGUGGUGGUGCUGCUCGGCGUCCUGGCCUUCGUGUGCCACCAGAAAAUCCGCGAGAGCUGCCGCGAGGAUGAGGAGCGCACAGGGCCAGAGGAGCGGGAUGAGGAGGGGGAGGAGCCCAAGACAGCUCUGCAGCUGCUGGAAAACGUGGAGAGCAGAGAGGGUCGGGAGCAGGAGAUCGAUUGAUGGCAGUGGGGCCCCCCAGAGCCCCAGCCCCGCCCGGAUGUCCCCGAGUGGGGACAGCCCCGGGGUGCCUGGCAGGGAGGACCCAGAGCUGCUGCCCCCUUCAUCCCAUUCCUGUUCCCUGCCUCCCUUCCUGGCCUGGCCCUUCCCAGGGAAAUGUGGGGUGAGGAUCUGUCCCUGUGUCUCCAUGGCCCUCUGUGUAUCCCCGUGUCCAUCCUGGGGUGGGCAUUCCCCCAUUCCCUGCUCCAGGUGCUACCCAGGGUGCCUUUCCCUGCCUCCCCAAGCCUGGAGCCUGGGGAGUGCCAGUCAGAGGGCUGGGAUCUCCUGCUGGAUCCCAGCUGGGAUCCUGGGCCGUGUGGGGUUGCUCCUUCUCCCACCCUGUGUGUCCCUGCACACUCCUUCUGGCCUUAAACGCUGGGUCCUGUGGGCUUUGUCCCACCGGGAACGAUCCCGGGGCAUUUCUGGGAGGGGCGGGGCAAGGGGGCACCCGCUGGCCGGGUGCUGUGGGGACAGCUCUGGGGACAUCCCCAGCUCGUUGUUCCCGUGGGGCUUGGGGCUCUGUCCCUGGGCCAGUCCUGGAGUCCCCCCAGCGCUGUCAGGGACACAGGUACACCCCUGGUGCUGCUGGAACGUCCCUGUCCCCCUGCUGCUCCCGCUCUGGCGUGGGGGAAGUCCCCAAGGGCUCCUUGGGUCGAGUCAUUCUUUAAAAUCCGGGGUCUGGAGGGUUUCUUGUGCCUUGACAAAUAAAUUUGGGACUGUG